AUGGCCUUAGAAGAUAUUUGCAGUUUCAAGGACACUCCUGCGUGUCACAAGUGGUUUUCUGCUUCAUCUUUGGAAGUGACAGUCCGCAGGCCGUUCCCUCUGUCUCAUGGAACAACGACCCUUGGUUUCAUCUUCCAAGGUGGAGUCAUUGCAGCUGCAGACACACGUGCCAGUGCUGGGGGACUUGUUGCCUGCCCGGCCGUUCAUAAAGUUACCCCUAUUCACUCCCACUUGGUGGUCACCUCCUCUGGUAGCGGUGCAGACUGCAUGCUAUGGGAGCGAAUUCUAGCGAGAGAGAUCAGACUCUACCAGCUACGGCACAGACGGUGCCUGUCAAUACGUGGCACGGCUAAACUCCUAUCAUUUAUGCUGCACCCAUUUAAAGGGACCGACGUGUGUGUGGCUCUCACACUGUGCGGCUGGGACAAGGAAGCAGGAAACACUGACUGUGCAAAAAGGCCACAAGACUCAUCCUUUCUGACUGGUGAUAGCUCCUCACCUAUCAUUAGUAGCCAAGAUGCUACUUCAAAGCCAUGCUCUGCAUCCUCUAACAGCGGCCCACAAUUGAUAUAUGUGUGCAGUGAUGGAGCCCGACUGCAGGGAGAUAUCAUCUCUGUGGGCUCAGGUUCUCCUUACGCUUAUUCAGUCCUGGAUGGUGGACUGAGGUGGAGCCUGAGCAAAGAAGAAGCCAUCUCCUUGGCAAGAGAAGCCGUAUUCAGAGCCACUCACAGGGACGCCUACUCAGGAAACAGUGUGGACCUCUUCCACAUCACUGCCCAGGGAUGGAAACAAAGAGAGAGGGAGGACCUGAGAGAGGAAUAUUAUAGAGACAUGGAGAGGAGGGCAAAGAUAAUGGAGGAAAGAAAAAGAGUGACAGAACUGAAAGUUCCUACGUGA